AUGCCUACCCACAGAGGUAUCAAGGUCUCAGUGGUCUCUCAACUAGAAUUGAAGCUCCACCCAGAGUUCCCGCAUCCAGAAAGCUCCCAAUUCACGUAUCGCAGCCCCGAUGUGCGCAAAGGUACCGCGGCCUAUGCAGACUGGACGCCGCCUUCUGCAUCCUCGGACAGCAAGGCCGAUCGUCUACUUGGGAGACAGUCAGUAGUCUCCGUCUAUAUCCCGUCCAUGCCAGCGACCCGUUUCUGGAUGCGAUAUAAUGUGGCUGAAGCUGCGAUGCACUCAGAAUGGUUCUACUUCAAGCUCUUCAUGAAUGGCAGACAUAUCACAUCCUGGGGAACGGAUGCGAAGACGAAGCCAAGCGGCCAGGUCAUGAGAGGGCUGUUCGAGCCUAGUGACAGGUGGAAUUACAGGUAUGAGGGAACCUUAUUUCGCAACAUGGGAACUGAGGCCCGUCCUUUCAUAUUUGGAUACGAGGAAAAAGAACCAUCUGCCGCUAAGGAUGGAGGAUUGAUCGAGGUCAUGGUAUUCCGUGCCAGAGGACGAAAGAGAAAAUUGCCCGCGCUGGCGGACUUCAAGAAUCAAGAAGGUUAUGGAAUCAUCAUGCCCAGCGGCGGACUUCUCGAAAAGCCCCAAGAAGCAAAGUUUUAUGAUUGGCACCUCAAAGACCCCAAAGACAGUCCCUUCGUAACGUUUAAGUUCCACUACCGCAGCUGGGACAAUUUGAUUAACCUCCAGCUCAUUCCAGACAACCACCCAAGGACUCUCUUGCCAGCAUCUCCAAGCGUUCUCUCUCUGAAUGGUGCCUCGCAGGACCUACAUACCAAACUAGAAGAAGACACGGAUGAGGAAGAGAAGCAAAUAAUCGAACAGCUGAAGCGCUCGAUGUCAUCUAUUAUCUCCAACGAUCCAUGGUUGACAUCCGUCUUUGACGACAGCCCUGAGCGGCCUCCAAGCAAACAAGGCAGCAGAUCAAGCUUCAACGUACCACCUGAAAUUACUCCUUUAUUUUCUAGUCGACGUCUUCCAGAAGUCCCCACAUCCAGGUUUUCUGCUGCUGUUAUUGACAAGCCGGCAUCGCCUCAGAACAACUGGAACGGCUAUCUAGAUCGACCAUUGCCAGAAAUACCAACAAGAGAUAGCUCUUUGAAACGUCAAAGACAUGAUCCUGACAGCCGUUCAAGAAGCUCUUCUGGAAUAUCUCAUUCUCCGUCAAUAGCUGCUUCCCUUCUUCCAUACGUUGAGCGGGACACUGCAUCUCCAGAGCCAGUCCUAGGAGUAGCUAAAUUCGCCAAGGUCGAAGUCACAACUUCACCCAUGAUGCCCUCUCCUUCUCCGUCUGCCUUACCCUCCUCGCCAAGUCUUGACGACACCAACCUCCCAGAACCCAACCCAGCCAAAUCCAAACGCCAGGGCAUCGCAUCUCCUCCUCUCAACAGUCUUUUCUCGAUGGCCAAUAUAACAGUCCGCAAAACUCGUCGCUCAGCCAAACGCCUCUCAGACUACUACUCGCACUCGCCUUCCUACUCGCCUUGUCCGCCAUCAUGUCGUACACCGAUUCAAGAUAUCGAGGACCAAACCCAAAACUUCACUGACGAAAAUGAAAACGACAUCUAUAACGACCGUACAACACUCGACACCAGCCAAAACACACUCUCCAUGACAAUCUCAGAAUCAGAAUGGAUGUGUCGUACCCCGUCACCCGUUAAGUCCAUCCCUCGCUUCGGCAGCGUACAGAAACUUUGGAGUCCUGGUCUUGAAAAACGUGCUUCAAGAGAUACGAGUAUGGGCUCCAGUAUGAGUGUUCUGAAGGAGAAACAGAACGCCUAUGGCAAUGAGCAAGAAAACCAGCAUGAGCACCACCAGCACGGUAAUUCUAAGAAUGGAAGAAGUGCGAGCGGCAAGAAAACAAACAAGUACAAGCGCGCACCAACACCCGCCCAUUGGUAUAGCAGAGCCAAGAAUUCCGCUGUUGACGGACAUAUUUCCGAGCAUGCCUUUGGCAGUGAUAAUGCUAGAGUUGAUAGGCCGUUGUCAGGAAACUGGAUUUGA